UCUCCCCCAGUAAGAAGGUCUGUUUGUAUUUCCGGGAAGUGAACAUCCAUCCAUGACGCGACCAACAUACGGUCUCACUAGGCCUAAAUGUUGCACUGUAACAUAUCUGUGUUUUUUCAGUUAAGAUCGAUAAGUGCCACAAACAUCACAAGUAAGCUGAAAGACAAGACUAGGUCUAAUGAGUGAUGUUCGAGCUUUUGAAGCGUCGCUUGAACGGCAUGCCAGGUCAAUUUCGAAGCAAUGUUUGGGACCCAACGUUGAUUAUUGCUCAGAUCGUGUGCAUGCAGAGUUUUUAUUAUGUAAAUCUUGGUUUUUGGAUUUUUAUAUUGGACACGAUUGGACGUUUUGAUGCAUCAGUGGAUCAGAUAUUUACUCAGAGUGAUCUUGGAUUGUAUGAAGAUUCAGGAAGGACAAAUCUUAUUGCGUAUGCACUGAAUAGCCUCACAUGUGCCCUAGGCCUCUGGUUUGUUGUGAGGAGAACGAAGCAGUGUCUGGACUUUACUGCAACAGUGCAUCUUUUCCAUUUUAUUGGAUGUUGGAUUGUCAGUGGUCAUGUCCCCCAAACAUUUUGGUGGUGGUUGACUAGCUUGGUAUGCCUAACCCUUAUGACAGUGUUGGGAGAAUUCCUUUGCAUGAGGACUGAAUUAAAGGCAAUACCAGUCACUAUGGGGCCAAAAGUGGAUUUGUAAAUAUCUAAUGAUAAAAUAUAAUGUGUACAGUUUUAUUCAGUUUAGCAGAUACUAAAGGAAUAUUCCAUUGUACAUGAUUUAGUGGAAGUCACAAGGACAAGUUCAAAUUUACUACCCGGAUUACCCCCCCCCCCAUCCUAUUACCUGACCCUACCCGGGACCCACUGUAGGUCUUCAAGAGAUACGUACAAAAUGUCCGAUUAGGAAUUUUGUUUUACCAUAGCCCUGGCAAAACGUAUUUAGAUACAUGUAUUAAACAAUCUGGUCAUGCAUACACUGAAGUUGACUUUAGUUAUAUCUUUAUUCAACCU